GAUUACGUAACAAGCUAUGAGAUGACAACUCUCGCGAGAGUUGGCCCAUGAGACUGUCAAGUGUCAACAAGGAGGAGACGGCAGCACCUCCGCAGCAGCGCUAGUGUCCGGAGCUGGGAGGGGGCGCGACGAGGCGGCUGGAUCGUCGGGACUUGAGAGUGAGAUGGGGGAUGACCGCCCAUUUGUGUGCACCGCCCCGGGUUGUGGGCAGGGAUUCACCAACGAAGAUCAUCUUGCUGUGCAUAAACACAAACAUGAAAUGACAUUAAAAUUUGGUCCUGCGAGAACAGACUCUGUCAUCAUAGCAGACCAGACCCCCACUCCCACUCGUUUCCUGAAGAACUGUGAGGAAGUUGGACUGUUCAAUGAGCUGGCCAACUCCUUUGAACAGGACUUUUGCAAAGCGCAGGAUGAGGAGCACAGGACAAAAACCCUGGCUGCAGCUUUACAGUCACAAGGUGCAUCUCUGCAAACGCAAAGUGUUGCCAAGGAUGAAGAUGAUGAUCCUUUAGAAGUAGAUUCUUCUCCUCCUGACAGUCCAGAUUCAUCCUCCAGCAUGUCAGACGACAGCAAAGACUCCCGGGAGACUCUCACAAAGCCAAGUUCUGCCCCGACUCCAACCAUCGUGCGUCCAGGUUCCCUGCCUCUACACCUGACCAACGAUUCGCUGCACCCUACGCUGCCAUCGCCCACAUCCGUCAUCACGCAGGCUCCGCCCUCCAACCGACAGCUCAGCUCACCAACCAGCUCAUAUCCCCUGGUAAGGCACCUUGCAAACGGGCAGACGGUCCCUCUGCUGCCCAGUCCUAUUCAGCUCACGUCGGUCAUAUCUCUCGCUAGGCCUGGCAAUUCUGUGCCCAACAUCCCUGGCAUCCCGGGACCCCCGGCGGGCGGGGCCAGCAGUGGUUCAUCCUCCCCGUCAGGUUAUCAUCUGCAAUCUGAGACCAAGAUGCGCUUGAAGGCAGCACUCAGUCAUCACGACGGCGGCGCUGGGGGGGCCGGAUCCUUCCCAGCUGUCCCCCAGAGGCAGGAACAUGGCCAGCAGCCCUCUCAGAACUCGGAUGCACCAUCACCUGCCCAACCACAGGUGUCCCCUGCACAGCCAACUGGGGGGCGACGGCGGCGGGCCUCCGAGAUGGACCCGGAUGAGAGGAGGCAGCGUUUUCUGGAGAGGAACCGAGCAGCCGCCUCACGCUGCAGGCAGAAGCGAAAGCUGUGGGUCAACUCUUUGGAGAAGAAGGCAGAGGAUCUGGCCUCCAUGAAUGUCUCACUCACGAAUGAAGUCACAGUGCUGAGGAAGGAGGUGGCUCAACUGAAGCAGCUCCUGCUGGCCCAUAAAGACUGUCCCGUCACUAUCAUGCAGAAGAAAGCAGCUUUCUUAGCUGCAGGAGGAGAGGAAUCAUCCAGGGAAGGUUCUACUGAAGCCGUGGUGGCAUCCCCGGCGGCCGUUAUCCAACACAGCUCCUCGCCUCCCAGCCCGGGGCCCACCACCAUCAAUGGGAUGAGUGUCCGCGCCGCAGAGGCGGUGGCCAUGUCUGUCUUGGCUGGCAUGGGAUCCGGCCAGCCCGGAGGGGUUGUCAUGGUGACGCAGUCCCAGCCCGCCCCGAGAUGAUGUGCUGACGCAGGUAGCCGGCAGAGACUCCCGUGGCAUUCGGAGGCCGGGCCACCCGGGGAGCCUCUCUCCCUCGCCCCCCCCCUCUCCCACCACGGCCACUGAUAAUCACACAGACAUUGGGCCGCUGCUAGCCCCCUCCCCCUGUCCUUGUAAAUAUGAAAAGACAAGAAUGGAUGACAAAACUAAGUCAGUCUUUUAUCACUUUUAGCAAUCCAGUGCCUGUCUCUGUGUGGCUCACAAAACACGCCCCUGCCGCCUCCUGGCCACACCCCUGCAGCCUUCUGGCCCCACCCCUACCACCUCCUGACCACUCCCCUAGCAGCCCAAGUGUGUUUUAGUUUGUCACUUUCGUCAUGUUGACUGUUGGCCUCAUUCGAUUCAACAAGAAAAUAACAUCCAAAAAAAGUCAAUGUAAGGGAAAGAAGCCCAUCAUCAUCAUCAUUAUCACCCACUGGAAGACAAAGCUGAGCUGCAGGGUGAUUGAUUAUCUUAGCAUAUUAUCUUACCGUCUAUUCUGUUGGCAUAUGCAUCCUUUCAUUCAUUCAUUUUCUACUGCUUAUCCACACGAGGGUUGCAGGGGUGCUGGAGCCUAUCCCAGCUGGCUUUGGGCGAGAGGCGGGGUACACCCUGGACUGGUCGCCAGCCAAUCACAGGGCACAUAUAGACAACCAACCAUUCACACUCACAUUCAUACCUAUGGACAAUUUGGAGUCGCCAAUUAACCUAGCAUGUUUUUGGAAUGUGGGAGGAAACCGGAGUACCCGGAGAAAACCCACGCAUGCACGGGGAGAACAUGCAACCUCCACACAGAGAUGGCCGAGGGUGGAAUUGAACUUGGGUCUCCUAGCUGUGAGGCCUGCGUGCUAACCACUUGUUUGCCGUCAUGUCUAUCAAUAUGAAAUAUCAAUAUGUCUAAUGAACCCCCCAGACAGAAUCAUCAUAUUAAUACACUGACUGCAUGGAUUAUUCCAAUUAUUUACCACGUACGUCUCAGCAUCAGGAGGAUGAGAAUGAUGAUGAUGAUGAGGAACAGAUGCGGUUAGCUUUAGAAAAUAUCAACUCAUUGAAUGCAUUUCAUGCUGAAAUAUAUUUUUAUAUUAACUAUG